AAACGUCAAAAAUUUUGCGUGCGAUCGGUUGUGUUUCUAGUUUGCUUAUUUGGUAAUAUUUCGAGGACGAUCGAGGACGAGGACGGAAACAGCACACAAGAAACCGGGAGCACGAUACGCGUUUCUUGUCGCGAUCUGGACAAAUAAAACACACCUUAGCACCGUCAUUAUUAGUGCCGCAGAAUGUCGGAAGUGAAAACGUACUCACUGGCGGAGGUGAAAGCGCACAACACCAAUAAAUCGACGUGGAUCGUCAUCCACAAUAACAUUUACGACGUUACGGAGUUCCUGAACGAGCAUCCGGGUGGCGAAGAAGUGCUACUAGAACAGGCCGGACGGGAGGCGACGGAAGCUUUCGAAGAUGUUGGCCACAGCAGCGAUGCACGCGAGAUGAUGAAAAAGUUUAAAGUGGGCGAGCUCAUCGAAUCGGAACGCAAACAAACUCCCGUAAAGAAGGAACCGGAAUGGAAAAAUGAUCAAAAGGACGACAAUCAAUUGAAGCAAUGGAUAGUGCCUCUAAUUCUGGGUCUAGUUGCGACCAUCCUAUAUCGGUUCUACUUUACCCAGUAAGAUCCAACCACUGCCACCUCAUAUUGUGCACUUCAUCAUAAGAUACGAUAUCGCAGUGUGUGGGAAAGAAAGCAGAGAACACCAGGGGCAUGAAGUAAGACACGGUGCGCCAUGAACCAGUAAGACACGGUGCGCCAUCGAAACGUUACGUUCAUUCCACACAUGGCAAAUUCCGGGAGCAUUUCAAUGUCGCUUAAAGAAUGUACACAGUAAACUAACAAAAAAUCAGUUCUUAUGAUGUAGUAAUGCGACGGAAAACGGCCGCACAGCCACAUCAGGCCGAAUUCCGGUUAUUUGGCGAUAAUGCAAACGAUUCGAUUCAACGAAAAAUCCUAACCCAAGCCAAGUAAACGAUUAGAAAAUGAUACGAAACGAAAAUCGGUUUGGAGAAAGCUGAAAAAAUAUUCAUUAUUAGUUUUUUUUUUAUCAUCGAACAGUUGCGUAAUGUUACGAUAAUAGAUUUUCGAAAAAAGAGAAACCAAAGGUAACUUCGGUGGCCAACUUAACCAACAGCAGGUACAGCAUAACUGAAAAAUGCAUAAUUCGUGAACGCUUAGUUUGCGUGUUCGAAGGACAGUCACUAUUGUUUGUACUAGAUCGACGAAGCUUUAUAUACACUUUAGGCGAUCCAUGAGAAGGCGUACGACACGCGGAAGUUCCAUAUGCGUUCUUACCACAAACUCGCGUUCCAUUCGCCAUUUGUCUUUUGCGUUUGCUUUAAUUACAUCAUCUACGGGAAGGUUUUUUUUUCUGUGUCUUUACUUAUACAUUAAAUACAACAUUCAAGUUUUUUACCUUUCUACAUGUCUACCAAAAUGGGACAAGUUAUUGAAUAAAGCGUAAUUUGUAU